AUGAAAUCACUUAUUGAAGUUAUUAUGCAAUUCUGGGGUAAAGUUCCCAAGGCGUGGAAAAAUCGCAUCCUUAACAAAACAAAUCGUGCCUACAAGGCAAUUACUGGCUACCCAGCGGACGAAAGUGAUAUUGACAUAGCUGUGAAGACAACAGUCUGGAUUUGGGACGACGACCCUGACUCCUUUAUUUCAUGGCGCAGCUCUCCUCAACAAGGUACAGCUCCUUUGGACUUCUUCAUCAGCCUGGUGAAUACCCUCUUACGAUCCGGCUUGAUCUCAGCUAGCUUCCAUUCCCAGAUUUGUGGGAAGUGGCCACAGAUGGUUCGGGGAGGAGGGAAGUACAACUCCAUAUCUAAUGAUUUGGGCGGUUAUGGCGCUAUGGUUUAUAUCCCUGAUGUUGGUCAUACAACAUAUGAGGUGCAUCUACCAUCCACGGGGACCAUCUUUUCCGCUACGAUCGAGGAGCUACGCAAGAAGAAUGUUCCAAAAAAGGCUGAGAGGAAAUGGACGGUCCCAGACACGGAGUACCGAACCACAACCGCGGCAGCCCGGGGGGAAGAAGGUGUUAGCAUCUCAAAAGAGAAAAGACGGGAGAAGAGGCGGCAUUUCAAAGAAACCGACGAAGGGAGGGAGAAAAAGAACCUUCGUCGAAUGAACUCUGCGCUCUAG